GCCUCUGCCUAGCCUACCUAUUCACUGUUAUUCAACUUUUACUAUUACGCGACCGAGACGAGCCAAAGAUGUUGGAAUACUUUUCUUACAAAAAGUUCAAAAAGAACAAAGAAGAAAAAGAUGCAAAGGAGGCCAAGAAAGACGAUGGAAUGUCAGAAGCAGACGGAAACAAGCCCGUCGCAAAGAAGGAGGAGGCCAAGACCGACGAGACCCACGACUCGUCCAGCUCAGAGCCUCACCCAGACACGGCCGUCCUGAAGCCCGAAGACGAGCGAUUCCUCGAGGAGCUCCUCGCACAGGACACCGAUGGCUCUCCGCCGCCGCUGCCCCCGCGAAUCUACACCUACGAUGUAGAUUGGCACUCCGGCGACGAAGCCUCCAUCGCCGAGUCAAAGAAGACCACUGAUGAUGAGAAAGAGGACGCUGGGAAGACUCCAAAUACCGCCAAAAAGGAAGACGAGUCUGCCGAGAAAGCAGACAAGGCAAAGGACAAGGAAAAGGAAAAGGAAAGGACGGAGAAGAAGCCCAACCGACUGUCGCUCCUAUUCACACGAUACAAGAAGCCAGCGGAAACCUCCAAGUCUAGCGACUCCCUCAAGCCAGACACCGAAGACGUCACCCCCAAAGAAGCCGAGCGCGAGAAGAAGGACCUCACCCGCGUUCUCGACCGCCUUAGCCUCUCCGCCCAAAACAACAAAGUUGUCUCCGAGUCCAAGGACUCGUCCGACCUCCUCCAGAGGUUCACGCAGGUCUUCAAGGACCUCGUCAACGGCGUGCCCACCGCCUACGACGACCUCACCAAGCUGAUCGAGGACCGCGACGGCUCCAUCAACAAGCUUUUUGAGAAGCUGCCCGAAUCGCUCAAGAGGCUUGUCACGCAGCUCCCGGAUAAGCUGACUACCACGCUGGCUCCUGAACUGUUGGCUGCUGCUGCGGAGAGCCAGGGCAUCAAGGUCGUCGAGGGCGGCAUGAAGGGGACGGCAAAGAGGAUGCUGAUGGGGCAAAAUCUGGCCGACUUGGUGAAGAGGCCAGGCGCCAUUGUCGGUAUGCUAAAGGCGAUUGUAGAGGUCCUCAAGUCGAGAUGGCCGGCGUUUAUCGGCAUGAAUGUCAUUUGGAGUGUUGCGCUAAGCUUGCUGCUUGUUGUACUCUGGUACUGUUACAAGCGCGGUCGCGAAGAGCGAAUGCUCCGUGAAGCCGAAGAAG